ACAGAGCACCCUCCAUACAGCACCCUACAGAGGAGCACCCUCCAUACAGCACUCUACAGAGGAGCACCCUCCAUACAGCACUCACUAGGAGAGCCCGAGCAGUUGGGGAUCUAUUAUUCUGCACUAUAAUCGUCUGAUCCCAGGAUUACAGGAAUCCAGUAAUAAUCUCUUCCCCGGAUUAUAUCACAUCAUGCGCUGCCUGUAUAUUGUGCUGAUGGUCACCAUGUUCUGCUGGAGGAGGAGCUGUGCACAAGUAUUGGACCUUCCUACAGCGACUGACAUUAAAUGGUCAUCGAUCAACUUCAAAACUAUUUUGGACUGGAGCCCCGAACCCACAAACUACACGUACACGGUGCUGGUGAGAAGUCCAUUCACCGACUGGAUUAAGAAAUGCAUCAACACCCGGAGCACCACGUGCGAUGUCACCGACCUGAUGAAGGACGUGCGCAGCACCUACGAGGUCCGGAUCAGUUCCGAAAUACGAUCCACAGAUGUCGAGGAAUUUCCUUACGCCGAGGGCCCAACGUUCACUCCCUAUGAGCAAACAAUUAUUGGAAAACCGAAGAUCCAGAAUUUCUCGCUCAGCGAUGACCAGAGCCGCCUCACAGUCGUGGUCAGCGACACCCGGACGCCCUACAAGUAUGACAACAAUAACACCUACAUGACCCUGCGGGACGUGUUCCAGAACGACUUCAUCUAUACGUUAUUCUACAGGAAGGCGUCCAGCACCGGGAAGAAACAGGAGUCGUCUUCCACCAACGAAAUCGCCAUCAAUACGGAUAAAGGAGAAAGUUACUGCUUCUACGUCCAGACCUCGGUGAAAUCUCGCAAGCAGAACCGCGUGAGCCAGAACUCCGAUGAACUGUGUACCCCGUCCGAUGGGGGAGCUGGGUUUUUACCCUCCAUUGGAGUUUUGUUCCUCAGUAAUCUGAUCUUACUAUCCUGGUGGCCGUAGGGAUCGCGGUGGCGCUCAUCGUCUUCAUCGUGGUGCUGUCCGUCACCCUCUGUCUGUGCAGGAAGAAGAAGGAGGAUAACCCCAAGGAGACGGCGCCGCUGAACGGUGUAUAGACACGGGGGCUCCAGAGAGGGCGCCAUACACACCACACACGUGGACUACUGCCAUCACCUGCUGCACAGCGCCCCCCGCAGUCCGGGCAGCGCGUUACAAUCCUGGUUUCCGUGAAACCUUCUCAAUCUACUUAUUAUUUCUUGGUUGAAUCAACCUUUGAUUGGACACAAGUGAAGACGUAAAACUGACUGCAGCAUUCCCAUGUCAUGUGACACUAGAUGGAGGUCGUCAUUGGUCAGAUGUAUAGUUGGCGCUACUGGACUUAGCGCUAAAUGGCGAAUGCUUUAUAAUAAUAAUUAUAAUAAUAAUUUUAUAUAUUUUAUAAUAAUAAUAUGUAACUUUGGAAGCACAACCAGCAAACACUACAAGGGUCCUGUAUUCUAUACAACAUUCCAUUCACUGCCUUACAACAGUGGUCUCCAAACUGUGGACCUCCAGAUGUUGCAAAACUACAACUCGCAGCAUGCCCGGUCAGCUAAUCUGGUUAUUGCAAAACUACAACUCCCAGUAUUCCCGGACAGCUAAUCUGGAUAUUGCAAAACUACAACUCCCAGCAUUCCCGGACAGCCAAUCCAAGUAUGGCAGAACUACAGCUCCCAGCAUGCCCACAGAGCUAAUCCAGAUAUUGCAAAACUACAACUCCGAGCAAUCCCAGACAGCUAAUCUGGAUAUUGCAAAACUACAACUCCCAGCAUGCUCAGAGAGCAAAUCCAGAUAUUGCAAAACUACAACUCCCAGCAUUCCCGGACAGCCAAUCCACGUAUGGCAGAACUACAACUCUCAGCAUGCCCAGAGAGCCAAUCCAAGUAUUGCAAAACAACAACUCCCAACAUCCCAGGACACUAAACCAGUUAUUGCACAACUACAACUCCCAGCAUGUUCAGACAGCCAAUCCACAUAUUGAAAAACUGCAACUCCCAGCAUACUCGGAUAGCCGUUGGCGGUCAGGGCAUGCUGGGAGUUGUAGUUUUGCAAAAUCGGGAGGUCCACAGUUUGGAGACCACUGCCUUUAAAUCAUUCCUUAUACCAGAAAUGUUACACAGACUGUUUAUUAGCUCUAUGGAGAUAAGCAGCCACCACUCAUUCCUGGCAACGCUUAUCUCCAGGAAAACAAAUCCCACAAGAACGAGCAGCUGGAUUUCCCGACCGCCCAUCAGACGUUCCGGGAAUCAUCAAUAUGGAGGAGUCUCCGGAACCUUCAGCUCUGACACAUACCUGGGGAUGAGCAAUGACCCCUUCAUGGGAUCCAGGCACUCUCGGAUACUUUAUCUUGGGUACAUAGGUUGGAUACACUCUUUAUCUUGGGUACAUGGGUUGGAUACACUCUUUAUCUUUGGUACAUGGGUUGGAUACACUCUUUAUCUUGGGUACAUGGGUUGGAUACACUCUUUAUCUUGGGUACAUGGGUUGGAUACACUUUAUCUUUGGUAC